AUUCCUUCUUAGCAAAUGGCUCCGCUACCCUGGACAAAUUGAAGGAGGCCUGUAACAAAGGGACGGAACAGACUUCCACGCUUCUGCAGCUCUAUACACAGGCUGUCUUGGAUGUUACAUACUUCGAGGAAAACCAGCUUGUGGAUGAAGAUUUUCCAGCAGAGUCUUCCUUGCAAAAAGUUAAGGAACUUAUUUGUAUUCUUUCAGAACCAGAAGACCUAGUGAGAGAAUGUAACAUAAACGAGGAACCUGCCAGCAUCCUUGGUGCAGAGUUGUUGGAAUGUCUUUACUGGAGAAGAGGAGCCCUGCUUUACAUGUAUUGCCAUACAGCAAAAGAAAGGAGUGAAUGGCUAGGAGAAAACAUUGCUGUAUUUAAAAAGUGUCUUAAUGAUGGAGUUCAUUACCUGGUGAAGAUGCUUGGCUUUAGAUGCCCUCUUCAGCUAAAUGAAGAUGUCUUACUUCAAGAUAAAGACACAGCUAGAUUACUCAGUGAAGGUGUAUUUAGUGACACUCAUUUACUGGCAAUGAUGUACAGUGGAGAGAUGUGCCACUGGGGACUGCGGCACUGUGAAGGGAAGCAGGAAAGCCUUGAGAAGAGAGAUUCUGAGUCCAACCUGGGGAACAAAUCACAGAGCGUGUCACUGGAUUUCCGAGAAAUGGGCAAAAACCUGUUAAUGAAGUAUGUGGCUGUAUGUGAAGGACCUUUAAAAGGCCAAGGGUGGAACACAACAACUGCAAAACAGAUGCUGUGUAACUUUGUGAAAUCCCAGGACUGA